UGUCGUUCCUAAACCCUAAACAGUUCGCGAUAAUCCCUAUAUAUAUUUGCAUGGCUACGCUGGUGAUCUUCAUCCCCAAACACAGUUCUAUAUUUUCAUGCAAGCAUCUAAGACGAAAAGGAAUGUGGAAAAAUGAUAUUAUUUCUCCUUCUGCAAGUUCUUCUGGAAAACACCCGAAAUAUCGGGGAGUAAGGCAAAGAAGAAGUAGUGGGAAAUGGGUUUCAGAAAUCCGGGAGCCUAAGUCACCAAAUCGUAUUUGGCUUGGUACAUUUCCCACUCCUGAAAUGGCUGCGGUGGCUUAUGAUGUAGCAGCACUGGCGCUCAAAGGUGGAGGUGCUGAGCUUAACUUCCCAAAUUCAGCAACUUCAUUGCCUGUGCCAGCUUCUUCCGCCCCACGUGACAUCCAAGAAGCUGCUGCUAGAGCAGCUGGAGCAGCAGGUGCAGCAAUGGAUGCUUUCCUGGGUGCUCAUGGUAGUGGUGUAGCUACAGUCGAUCAGCCAUUGAUUGGAGGGGGUGGGUUUGUGGAUGAAGAUAUGAUAUUUGAUAUGCCCAAUGUACUUGCGAACAUGGCCGAAGGGAUGCUUCUUAGCCCUCCCCGAUUUGACUUUCAUAGCGAAGAGGCUGCAGGAAACUCAAUGGAUCAUGAUUUGUGGAAUUAAUUUCUGCAGUCACUAUAUAUGCGUAUUAUUCAUGUAUCGUAUAUGCAAGUCCUAGUCCGCAGUCGCCACCAAUAUAGUAACUAUAUAAGAAUAAUAUGGCGAUGCUUGAAGGCUAUUGUUAUAAACUAGAGCUUGAAGGUGUAAAAUUUAUGUGUUGGAAGUUUUUCAUAUUUGAAGUAUUGAUUUUAUAGUGCGACACCUCUAUCUAAAUGACUUGAAGAUCAGAUAAUUAAGAUUUGAGAAUCUGAAAAGGAACAUGAACGCUUAAUCUUCAAUUCAAAG